AUGUUUCCCAUAAACACGUCACAAUGUGAUUACAGAAGAUUAUCUAGAGCGGAAGGAAUGGCAGUAAUACAGAUAACGUCAAAAUAUGAAACUUCCAUAUUAGAAGAAUCAAUAAUUGAAGAGGUCAUCAAACUUGACGAAAUCAUUAGAAAUGUCAGUUUUCUAUGGAAUAACGCAUUCCUUCGUUACGAAGAUUUGUGUUGUAAGGCAGACGGAAGCACUUGCCACGAGAAUUUUGUUUUGUCAUUGAAAGGAAAGACGAAAGACAUAAAAAAAGGAAUGUACAAGAUCAAAUAUCCAGCUGAUAGAAUUGAUGGCAAAUUAGUAAUUUCCGGUAUCGAAUUCGGAGGUGUCACAGUAGACGAGAAAAAUAUGAUUCGAGAUUCUAAGGCAAUUAGACUGUUUUAUCCACUGGACCGUGCUACAGAAGAAACUAAAGAAAUGGCACUAAUGUGGGAAAAAACUUUUCUAGAAUCAACAUCAACAAUUCACAUGAAUAAUAUCGAAAUUUAUAAGUUCAUUGGUCAGUCUGUCAAUAAUGAAGUUAACCGAAAUGGCGAAAAUAUUUUUUCUCUCAUUAUUAUUGCGGCUCCAAUAAUGUUGAUAUUCUCUGCAGUUUCUUGCUUAUCAACUGAAGCACUGCGUAGUAAGCCCUGGUUGGGUAUUGCUAGCUGUGUAUCACCAUUCUUAGCCACUGUUGCAGCAUUUGGACUACUAAUUUACUGCAAAAUGGAAUAUGUCCCAUUAAACGUUAUGAUUAUUUUCCUGAUGUUAGGUAAGUCUUUUGAAAAUCUUUUAUAACGAAGUAAAUAUAUAUAGAAAAACCUGAUUUAUUUGUUUAUACGUUGUCACGAAAUACAAAGCAAUAGUCAUAAAUAAUCGUUCAUCUUGUCAAUGCUAACUUCAUUGCUGAAGUUAUUUUGUCGUUGAGAUGUUGGA